AUGACUCUUGAACCAGAACAAAUAUCUCUACUUUUGAACAAUAAAGGUUGUGAACAUGCUCUUUAUUUAUCUUAUAUAUGUGAAAAUCUUCGUCAAUUUGGUGAUUAUUCACUUGUAACAAAUCGUCUAACAACAUAUCCACAAACAAUAGAAGAAUUACUUAAUGUACUAUUGAAUGAAGUUUAUUCAGUUAUUAAUAAUCAAUCACUUGUUGAUGCUUUUUUCAAAUUAUUACUUAUAUCGAAUGUUGGUCUAUUGGAAUCCGACAUAGUUAAUAUUCUUCAACAUUUUAUGAACAAAACUAUAAAUGAAAAUAAUCAAAUUGUUGUAAAUCGAAUGACAUGGUCAACAUUACAACGACAAAUGAAAACAUUUCUUGAUACAACAUGGAUGGAUGGACAUCAACUUGUUAUUUAUCGUCAUGCAGUACUUGAACAGAUAUUACGAAAACGUUGUUUGAAAGAAAAUACAGAUGAAAUACGUUCUAUACAUAGUUUUAUGGCUGAUUUUUAUCUUAAACAUUCAACAAUUAAAGAUUUUUCUUCUCGUCGUGUUCCAUAUCAUUAUGAAGAAGCUCAUAUGUAUAAAGAACUUGUGGCAUAUUUACGUUCAUCAGAAUCACGUGGAAUUAGUCGAAUAGAUCGACAAGCAUAUCUACGUAGACGUCGUUGUACAAAAAUUAUUCCUAAUAUCGAUAAUCCUUUUAAUCAACGUGCUUAUUUAUGUCAUAUAUGUGCCAUGCAAUUUAAACUAGGACCAUUUACAAUGGCAAAAAGUUCAUGUUUAAUUUGUUCUAAUAUGAUUAUAGGAGGAAAUAUGACACAAACAAAUGCUUUCAAACGUGAAGCACGUCUUUGUCAAAAACAUGGUUCAAUUGGUUAUCCGAAUUCAAUUCAAUGUGUUGUUUGUAAAAGCCUUCAGCCAAAACCAACAGGGACAGCAACAAAAAUUACUGAUCCUGUACCGUUAAAUAUCUGUUUUGAUUGUUGGUGUGCAGGUGGAGCAGCACCACGUUGUUGUGGAUUUGAAUUGGACUAA